GCCCGCUCCGCCCCGCCGCCUAUUCCCCGGAGAGGCGCCCCGAGACGGGCAGAAGGCGGCGGGCGCAGGCGGGAGCGGAGGCGCGGAGGCAGCGGCAGCUCUGGCGACUGCUUUUGCAAGUGCGAUGGCCCGUGUCUUCGUCUACGGCACGCUCAAGAAGGGCCAGCCCAACUACAAGCACAUGAUCAACACGGCCAAAGGCCUAGCGAAAUUCCAGGGAAGGGGCCGCACGGUGGAGAAGUACCCGCUGGUGAUCGCAGGGAAGUACAAUAUUCCUUACAUGCUGAACAUCCCGGGGACAGGCCACCACGUUGCCGGGGAGAUUUACUCUGUGGAUGAGCAGAUGCUGCAGUUCCUGGAUGAGUUCGAAGGCUGCCCAGACAUGUACCAGCGCACGCUGAUGAGGAUCCAGGUGGUGGAGUGGGAAGGGAAGGGCGCGGGUGACGGCGAGCUGGAGUGCUUCGUGUACAGCACGGCCACCUUCCCGCCCGAGUGGCUCGGGCUCCCCUACCAUGACAGUUACGACUCCUCGGGGAAGCACGGCCUCGCCUACGUCCUGCGGGAGAGCCGGGAAUAGAGCCGGAGUGCAGCCUGGCCAAGGCGUAGUGCUAAGCAGGUGUUGCUCGGUAACCUUCCCAGGAAAGCUGUAAUACCUUGUUAUUAAAUUGCAGGAGCUCUUGUAACCUUCCCAGCCCGGCAGCCUUGGCGCUAGUGUUGAAGUCCAGUAGGCCCAGAGCUGCAGAUUCCUCCCCAGGCAGUCAGUGUCCUCCUGGCCCCCCAGCCUGCUGCAGGUAACUGGUUUGCACCAGGUGUAAAAUACUGUACGUGCACAUCAGGUCUGGGGUCUAAUUAUUCCCCUCAACUUCCCCCUUUGCCUUGGUGCAUAAUAAUGGAGGUCAGUGAAAGGCAGAGGAACAGAUUAUUCUUUUUCCCUUGAAUUGACAAAUUUUCUUGCACUAAUAUCUGAAACUGAUUUAAAUGUCUGCACAGUAAAGCACAACUCCUAUUGAAUAUUGACUUGUAAUGGGUUAGUAGGCUACUGGAUGUAAACAGGGAAAGCUGAUCAGAUAACUUGGUGCUUCUAGACAAAUAGGAAAUUGCUGGAGAAGAGGAAAGAUUAUUCUUACUCUGCAUUGCAAUUUUUCUGAACUGGAAAGGUGUAUUUUAAACCAUGUUUAGUUUUAAAAGGCACUGUCAAAAAUACUGGGAAUAUGUAAGAAAGUUACAUUUAAAAUUGUAUUUUUUAUUGCACUUUGGAUUCCGUUUCCAUUCACUGCAUGACUGUAGGAUUUGGGGAUGUGUGUGUAUCUGUGUGCCUAAGUGUGUGUAUGUGUCUGUUUUGGGGGAUGUGGGGGCUGUUGGGGACCAGGAAAAGCAAACCUACUCUGGAGCUGUUGUGAGCACUUACUGUCAAGGUGACUUUUUGCUAAGCAUUUUAAUGCAGAACUUGCAACCAUAUGCAAACUGAGUUUUCUAAUGGGGAAAAAAAUUACAUACAUUAUAGAAAUAUCCAAAGGACCUGUAUUGUGAAUAUUGCAACAUUUAAAUUGGGAAAAAAAUAUGUAAAGAAGACUGUUGUCCCCCUGACCCAACCAACUGUGCUGGUUUCUGUACAAUCUGGGAAAAUCGUGGCUUUCUAUUGUUACACUCCUGUGCCUUAUAUUUUCCUUCAGCUGCAGAUAGAUUGUACAGUAAUCAAAGCUGCCAAAGGGAUGGGAGCAGGCAUUGUAUGCCAUGCAGUGAGCCAAAGUACCAUCAAAUGCAGCAAGGAUGCAAUUAAGAACAAUACUGUACUUUUGCUUCACUGCCAGUAGCCCUGUGAUGGCCAGAGGAGAUCCAGGGUAGGGAAUCAGCCUAGACUUCAGCAGUAGUAGGCACUGCUGCAUCUCAUUUAGAAAAGCUUCUAUGUUGCUGCAAUAAGCAAAACAAGUAACUUGAUAGUAGAAUACUUGUGUCUCUUUACAAUAUUUGUCUGUUUAGGGCAACCUGCAGAGAAUGAACUGUGCUCCUUUGGGAAGAGAUAAGAUGGCAGUAAGGAGACUUGGAAGGAGAUCUGCAGGGUCUCUGCCUCAGUUUCUCCAACUGCAAAAAGAUUCAUUUUCCUGGAAGGCAGGUGCUAUCCAAACACUCUCCUUACUCAUCCUGAUGAGUUUUAUAAACUAAUUCCCUAAGCAGAUGCCUGGACUACAUAUUCCCCCUCGGCCAUGUGAUGUAGUUAAUUAGCAGUGUCUUAGGAACAGUGCUUCUCCAGUCAGAAGUUUCAAGCAGAAUCAAGCUUUCCUGGUUGAACAUGAGUCACCAGCCCUGUCACCGACUGUUUUUUUCCAGGAAAGGGCCCAGGCACCUCUGGCAACAGGGUUUCUUUCUGGGAAGUAGAAGGACUCUGCACAUCCUAGGCAAGAAAAUGAGAGCAGGCCUGCUCCACUCUGGGACAGUGGUCAAGGUCCCUUUGUGUCCUUUCCUGUGAGCAGGAGGAGGUCUGGUCUGAGGGACAACACAUGCUCUUAACAGUACCUUGGGGCAGCAGCUAAAGAGCUGUGAGAACAGUGCCAGCUCCUUCUGUAAAGGCAUCCAGUAAUCAGUAUCAAGAAGAUAAGGGUGGGGAAAUUGAGUAUGAAUUUCAAAAAAAGAAGACAAUUCCCUUACAACUUUAAAUGAAAAUACAUGACAAACAUCUGCACUAGCAAAAUAAAGCCUCUAACCUGUAAUUUAAAUCUAAUAUAUACAAAGCAAUAAAAAUAUAAUAAUAUAUAAAUAUUUUAAAUCUAUAAUAAUAAUUUAUUAAUAAAUAAAUUCAAUAAAUAUAUAUCUUAAUUCAAAAUAAAUCUGAUCAGAAUUUAAGCUAUUGGUGGUACUUCUGCAGCACUUACACAGAGUAAAAGAGAACUGCUCAGUUUGCUCAGUGGUUAAUUUUUUGCUCUUGCCAGCCAUUCUGUACAGCCUGGCUGGGGCCUCAAACCAGGGACAUUGCUGUGGAGAAGACAAAUCAGAUUUUGGCUUUUGUUGUGUUUUCUUUAUUUUAAAAAAGAGACUUUUCCUGUUUCAAAGCAGAAAUGGUAUUUUAUUGAUUUUAUUUGAUCCUGAAAAAUCAAAGCAUUACAAAGGUUAUGUACAAGUAUUUCUGGAAGUAAAAAAUCUGGGAUCUGUUGCCAAGAUUUAACAUCUGUGUUUGCUGUCUUAACCACUGAUACAGUAAAUAUGCCUGUAUAAAAUCUUGUGCGUAGUACUGUCCAUUUUCUGUGUUGAAUUGUCUUAAUGUUACUUUAUAGAUAAAAAUAAUAAAGGCUUAGUUAAUUCAA